ACUAGCCACCUUUUUCGAGUCAUUGAGAGAGCGAUUUGCAAUAGGGUAGUUUCCAUUCUCUACUAAAAAUCCACUAGUCUCCGAAUCUUCUUACAAAUGUGAUUUCAAAUCAAGUCGCCUUCGUCCAAUGGUAUAGAGAGGGUAUAUGAUGGUGGUGGGUAGUAGGCUAGUCUUUGCAAUUUGGCUGUGGAAUUGUCUCUGUUGUUUGCUGCUACUGUGUACCAUGAUAGAUGCGAAUCAGGCCAACGUAGAUUGCUUGAGGACCUUUAAAUCUCAAGUUGAGGAUCCAAAUGGAUAUUUAUGGAGUUGGAAUUCUGGGAACCAGACAGAAGCAGGUUUUAUCUGCAAGUUCAGUGGUGUGACUUGUUGGCAUGAUGAUGAGAAUAGGGUUUUGAGUAUUAAGCUCUCUGGUUAUGGUCUUAGAGGAGUGUUUCCUCUUGGGAUUAAGCAAUGUAUUGAUUUGUCAGGUUUAGAUCUUUCUAGAAACAAUUUCUCUGGGCCUUUACCAUCAAACCUUACAGAUGUGAUUCCACUUGUUACAACUUUGGACCUCUCCUUCAAUAGUUUCACUGGUGGAAUCCCUGUCAAUAUCGCAAACAUUACCUUUUUGAACUCUCUUAUGCUUCAGAAUAACCAGUUCACGGGUCAGCUACCUCCCGAGCUAGUGAAACUUGGACGGCUCAAAACGUUCUCUGUGGCUAACAAUCGUCUCUCAGGUCCUAUCCCAACUUUCAACAGCACCAGCAUUAACUCAGAGAAUUUUGCUAAUAACUCGGGUUUGUGUGGUAAGCCUCUGGAUGAAUGUAAGAGUGCUUCUAGAGGAAGACGACGGUGGGGGAUGGAAUUGGAGCAACUUAAGAAGUCUGUAGAGGAGAACCCAGAUGAUUCUUCUCUACAAUUCGAACUCGGUUUGUAUCUGUGGAAUAAUGGAGGAGAUUCAGAGAAAGCGGCGGAGCACUUUGUGUUGUCGGCGAAAUCAGACCCGAAUAAUGCGGUGGCGUUUAAGUAUUUAGGGCAUUACUACUCGCGUGUGACGCUUGAUCUUAAUCGAGCUGCUAAGUGUUACCAAAGAGCAGUGUUGAUAAACCCUAAUGAUUCUGAUUCUGGAGAAGCUUUAUUGGGUUAUAUUCAAGUUUUGUUCAAUUGGCCUUCUCUGUUCCUGCAAUCUGUCUUUAUUGUCUUGCUCUGGCUGAUCUAUGGUUAUGGAUUCUAUCACAGCUUCAUCAGAAGAAGUGGUCUGAAGCUGUUCAAAGCCUUCAACAUGCAAUUAGAGGCUCUAGGCCUUGCUUACCAGCGACUUGGAAUGUUUACUGCUGCUAUCAAGGCGUAUGGCCGUGCCAUUGAGUUAGAUGAGACCAAAUUUUUUGCAUUAAUGGAGAGUGCAAAUAUCUUUUUGAUGCUUGGUUCGUAUAGAAAGGGUGUGGAGCUAUUUGAGCAAGCACUGAAGAUUUCACCUCAGAAUAUUUCUGGGCUCUAUGGUCUUGCUUCUGGAUUGCUUAGUUGGUCAAAGGAAUGCAUAAAUUUGGGCGCAUUUGGAUGGGCAGCUUCGCUAUUGGAGGCAUAUGAUGUUCUUGGUUUAUACUAUGGGUUAGGCCGCACCUUCUUCAACCCAGCUAGCGCUAAGGUGUUCUCAAGAUUUAACGAGUUAAAAGAAGCUACAAAAAAUUACACCAUAAGUGCUACUCCUGAAGACAGAAGCAGUGUUUUGCAACAGGGAGGUACGUUUGUCGAAAAGACGAAGGCACUGGAGAUCAUCCAUCUCUCGAUGAUGUCAUCAAUGUCUGCUGCAAAGCCACUGUUGCUUGAAACAUAUUGGAUCAAAGUCUUUGCCUAAUGAUAAAAUCAUGUAUGUCUAAACAUAAUCUUGUUAUUUUGGUGAAUUCAGUACUUGCUAAGGCAUGAUCAUGUGAUUUGAGUACUUACAUUGACAUGUUAUCAAAUAUAAAUUUCAUUUUGUCUU